AUGUAUAGCAACAGAAAGAUUGAUGCAAAAUUGAUUGCGGUCAUCGGACCAACAGGAACAGGAAAAACGACGUUCGUUAACCUCGUCAGCGGCGGGAAGCUCAAAGUGGGAGAUGGCUUGGAGUCAUGCACGGAUAGCAUGCAGCUGGCGCAGUGUGUGAUCAGCGGUGCGAACGUAACGUUAAUUGACACGCCCGGGUUCGACGACACUUCCAAAUCUCAAGCCGAAAUUCUCAAGGAUAUCGCUCAUUUUCUGGAGAAAAUGUAUGAGCGUGGAAGGAAGCUUUCAGGCAUGAUAUACCUGCAUCGGAUAUCCGAUAACCGUGUGGGCGGCAUCGCGAGAGAAAACUUCCGCCUUUUUACAAAAAUAUGCGGACGGGGUGCCAUGAAGAACGUCCUCAUCGCCACAACGAUGUGGGAGGAAGUUUCGGAGGAAGUCGGCGCAAGCAGGGAGCAGGAGCUUGAGAGCAAAGCAACCUUCUUCAAGGACGCUAUCAGCCAGGGCGCAAGGAUGAAGAGACACCACAAUAACGCCUCCUCGGCUUUGGAUAUCAUGCGAUACUUCAUCGACAGGUCACCGGAAGUGCUUCAGAUGCAACAUGAACUAGUUGAUGAGCACAAGAAAGUCCCAGAAACGGCAGCGGGCUUGGAGUUGAAGCUAGGACUAGAGCAACAGGAAGUGAAGCAUACGGCAGCGAUGCAGAGAUUGCGGCAGGAACUGGAAAGUGUGAUCGAACAGAGAGAUACUCAUCAUAGGCAGGAGUUGUCAGAGAUUCAGGAGGAAUACCGGAAAAUGGAGCAGAGAUUGGCCAACGUCCAGGACGAGAUGCGCAGGCUUCGAGAAGAACGUCGCAAACCGAAAGUGAUCUAUCUCAUUCAGAAGAAGAGCAUAAUGGGCUGUCUGCGCGAUUCGUUCCUCACAUAA